AUGAAGUUACUUAAAAUCUAUCUCCUGAUAGUGGUGCAGGUUCUGUCGUAUCAAGACGGUAAUGCAUUAUGCCCACGUACUUUAAUGGAACCCUUAAACGGAUACAGUAUCCUCGCAAAUGGUUCCUUUUAUCACGAAGGAUCGUUAUACGAUCUCGAUGUCUUAUUGCUUCACAAUGAUACCAUUUCUUGUCCCUGCGAAACAAGCCUUUGUGUAAGGAAGUGUUGUCCUGUUGAUCAAGUAUCGAUCAUUCGAGAAAAUCGAGCUGAAUGUGUUUCCAUGAACAGACCCAUACCGGCGCUCAGAUUAAAGGAUCAGGAAAUGGCUCCUGAACUGCAUGGGAUAUCUAAUUUGUCCCAAGUGUUUCAUAUCAUUCAAAACAGAUACUGUCCCUACGGAUCCAUUCAACUUCAUCCCGAACGUUUUAUAGAGGAUAAAUUUGUACUCCAGAUCAAUGGCAGUAUCUCCACAGUAAGCGACAAAAUACAGAAUUCGAAAUACUGUAUGGACUGGGAAGAAAAUCUCAACAACAUAACCGUUUUCGUCUGCGCGGAAUUAGGAGCAACAGCUGUUGUCGUUGAACCUCUGUUUCCAUUGGGGAUGAUCACGUCUGUGCCUUUUCUCGUCGCCACUUUCUUGGUGUACGCUAUCAUUCCAGAACUCAGGAAUAUUUAUGGACGAACUCUCAUGUGUUAUGUGGCUUCGUUAAUUUCGGCGUAUUGCUUCCUUGUCGUAGCAAAGCUAUCGCUGCAUACUGCCGAUAACUUUUGCGUUCCUUUUGCAUCCAGCGAUCAGAUGCUUUGUGAUAUUUUGAUUACGUAUCACAAAAAAAAAGAUUUUUACUCUGAUAACCAAACGAAAAUGGAGAUCUAA